CCCUUUCACCCUGUAUUUUCACUUAAUGAACGUAAUGAACUUAUUUGAACGUUUUGUUCAGUAAAAAUGUCUUGUUCAGUGUUUGGUUGGACUAACAGACACUCCAAGGAGUCGCUGCUCAGUUUUCUGAGGUGUGGUGUUUAAAAUGCAGAAUAUGACUGAAUUUCCAGGCAAUGCAACUUCCCACAAAAGACUGUCUGUGAUCAUCAAGUUGAGUGUGGUUAUCCCCUUCUUCUGUGUCUUCCUCUGCCUCAUUGUUGUCAUGCUGCACAUCUUUGCCUCUCACAGGCAGUUCCUGGACAGCACACGUUACAUCCUGUUUGCCAACAUGCUGAUCAAUGACACUCUCCAUCUCUUGUCCUCUGUGCUGCUCUUCAUCUGCUUCAUGGUACGGUUGAAAUUUGCUCUUGUCUAUUGUGUUCCUCUGCUGUUCUUUUCCACUGCGACCUUCCAGAACACACCUUUAAUCCUGGCCACCAUGUCACUGGAGCGUUAUGUUGCCAUCUUCUACCCCCUGCAGUGCCCUGCCGCCUGGCGAUCAGAUCGGAUCUGGAUCAUUAUUCUGUCCCUGUGGCUCAUCAGCUGUAUCUCCCCUUUAAUUCUUUUUUCCAUCGGCAAAAGUGAUCCUGCUUUAAAUAUAAUUUCUACCCCUGUGCUUUGCAGAGUCUCCCUUGUUAGCUCAUCUCCAAUCCAGGAAUUGUUCCGAGCUGCUAUAGAUUUUCUCUUCUUUGCAGUUGUGGCUGUUGUCAUCCUCUUUACAUACGUGAGAAUCUUACUGGAAACAAGGAAGCUGAGACAAGAUAAAGUGUCAGUGAGCAAAGCCAUGCACACUGUGCUGCUCCACGGUUUACAGCUGCUGCUAUGCAUGUUGGCCUUCACAAACCCUAUCAUUGUGACUCUCAUUGUGCUGCAUGCCAACUGGUUGCCUGAGCACAUCUCCUUUUUUUUUUUUUUCUGUUUCAUCGUUAUUCCCCGUUUUCUCAGCCCGCUAAUUUACGGCUUUAGAGAUCAGAGUCUCAGGGCCUGCAUUGGGAAACAAUUCCUCUGCUGCUCAAACAAACUCAAACCCAGUGUGAGAGGCAAGCUGCAGGACAACUUGCUUGCUUCUUGAACUGACUAAUAUAGUUUUGACAGAGAUCUUAAACGUAAUGUUUUGUGUUUUUGUGAUGUUGAACAGGUUCCUGUAGGUCUUAAAAAGCAUUCAAAGCACUGAGUACAGUAUCCAGGUAAUAAAAGACUUGAAUGUAA